UGCCAGCAUAGUCAAUUAGUGUGGAGCAGACUGGUGGAGAAGGCUGAGUACAUGGGAUCAUUUGAUAUAAUUUGACUUUUACCUGUGCUUCAUGAGCAUCUGAUCAGCUGAAGAGCUUCCUGCAGGAGCAAGUGGGAAUUAAAGCACGUCUGACAUCCGCCUGUCUUCAGUCAUAUCCACACACAGUCAUUCUAAAAGACGGCUUCAACAUGCUGGAGCAAGUUCUGUCAUUCGGCCGCUCCCUGGUGCGCAGGAAAGUGGUCGACCUAAGCAACCUGGAGGACUCCAAGCUCUGCCGCUGCCUGGGAACUGUCGACCUCAUUGCAUUGGGAGUGGGCAGUACCCUUGGUGCUGGUGUCUACGUGCUGGCCGGCGAGGUGGCUAAAGGAAACUCCGGCCCCAGCAUCGUCAUCUCUUUUUUAAUUGCCGCCCUGGCCUCCGUCAUGGCCGGUUUGUGUUACGCCGAGUUUGGUGCCCGCGUCCCCAAAACAGGCUCUGCCUACCUAUACAGUUACGUGACUGUCGGAGAGGUCUGGGCCUUCAUCACUGGUUGGAAUCUAAUUCUCUCCUAUGUGAUUGGUACCUCCUCGGUUGCCAGAGCUUGGAGUGGCACGUUCGAUGAGAUGAUCGGAGGACACAUAGAGAUAUUUUGUAAAACCUACUUCAGCAUGAACUCUCCUGGUCUGGCUCAGUACCCUGACUUCUUUGCCGUCUGCCUGAUACUGCUGCUCUCUGGGCUUUUGUCAUUUGGGGUGAAGGAAUCAGCCUGGGUCAAUAAAGUUUUCACUGCAGUCAAUGUACUCGUACUUUUGUUCGUCAUCAUCUCCGGCUUUGUCAAAGGAGACACAUACAACUGGGAGAUAAGUGAAGAAUCCCUCAUAAAUGUGACCAUAGUAAGAAGAAACUUGUCAGUCACGGCCAACGUUAGCAGUGACUAUGGAGUUGGAGGAUUUAUGCCGUACGGCUUCAGCGGGACUUUGGCUGGAGCUGCCACUUGCUUCUAUGCUUUUGUUGGAUUUGACUGCAUUGCGACAACAGGUGAGGAAGUUAAGAACCCGCAGAAGGCCAUUCCCAUCGGCAUCGUGGUGUCACUGACCGUGUGUUUCCUGGCGUACUUUGGCGUGUCAGCUGCACUCACCCUCAUGAUGCCCUACUACCUACUGGAUGAGAAGAGCCCUCUGCCCAUGGCCUUUGAAUAUGUGGGGUGGGGUCCUGCCAAAUAUGUGGUGGCUGUGGGUUCACUCUGUGCCCUUUCUACCAGCCUGCUGGGCUCCAUUUUCCCUAUGCCUCGUGUAAUCUAUGCUAUGGCAGAGGAUGGGGUGCUUUUCAAAGUCUUAGCCCGAAUCAAUCCUAAGACGAAGACCCCACUUAUUGCCACUAUGACCUCCGGUGUAGUAGCAGCCAUCAUGGCUUUCCUGUUUGACCUCAAAGCCCUGGUUGACAUGAUGUCCAUUGGAACCCUGCUGGCCUACUCGCUGGUCGCUGUUUGUGUACUGAUCCUCAGAUAUCAGCCGGACGGAUCUCUGGAGCGGCGUGCAGGUGAGAGGGAUUACCUGUCGCCUGCAGAGGGCGAGUCAGACCUGACAGAGUCCGAGUCCCACCUCCACAUGCUGAAGAGCGGCAGCUCCACCCUGCAGACUGUCCUGCACCCGCCUGUCUCACCCUCUGAACAUUCCUCCAGUGUGGUCAACAUGUCCAUCUGUGUACUCGUGCUGGUUGUGUGCGUGGUCAGCUAUCUCACCACGUACCACAUCAGCUGCAUCCUUCGUGCGGAGGUGUGGAUCCUGGCGUUGCUGUGUGUGUGUCUCCUCAUCUUCAGCGGCUGCGUCUUCAUGGUCUGCAGGCAGCCUCAGACAAGCAAGAAGGUCUCCUUCAUGGUUCCUCUUCUGCCUUUUCUGCCCAUUCUGAGCAUCUUUGUCAACAUUUACCUCAUGGUUCAGCUGAGUGGAGAUACGUGGAUACGUUUCUCUGUGUGGAUGGCUGUGGGCUUCCUGAUAUACUUUGGCUAUGGCAUGUGGCACAGUGUGGAGCGCCAGCGGCAACUCCAACGCUCUCUAAGCAGCAGUAACACAACCCAGGAGCAGAGCAAGAGCAGCAGGGAGAAGCAGGCUGGUGUGGGUGCUGCAGGAAAAGACCAGGAGCGUUUCCUCUUCCCAGAGAAGACGAGCCAGUGUUAAAGGUUUCCAGCUCGGUCACAGACUCUGCGAGGCAACAGAUGCAUAAAAGCACACAGCAGCUCUGCCUUCAUGCACCUGUAUAUACUGCUUCACCGUGCGGGCUUCAGUCACGAGCACAUUGAGCCUGUCAGAAAGGCAGUGUCAGUAUUCUGUGUCAGCGUGAUGGAGAGCUGCUCUGUCAUCAUGAUGAGACCGUCCUGUACGUCACAUGGUCUUUCAUGGACAACAUGGAGGCAGCACAGAACUUACACCAGAGAGAGACGCUCAUUUCCUUUAGCACUGAACACUGCAGUGACACUUCUCUGUUUCAUAAUGGACUCCAGUUUUUAAUGCAUGACACACUGUCUUUCCUGUCGGUUUUUACUCUUUGAAAUCUGUGGGAUCCUCUCGAAGGUCCAGGAUAUUAUUAGAUUUUGAUACAUCACUUAUGUAUUUGUAUUUUAUGUAAUGUUGGUUAAAGCACUUGUUUAAGGCAGAAACAGAGCCAAUGUUAUUUAUAGAAUAUUAGAGGUGGUGUGUGCAUUGGUGUUGCAUAUGCAUAAAUGUGAAAUGGUGAUAUCUGUAUAAAAAAGAUCAUAGAACACUGAGGCAUUUAGACCAAUGUACAAUAGUUUUGUAGGCACCAUGUUGUGAUUGUACGUCAGUGACCUUAACAUUUGGCCAAACACUGAUGGGAAAAAUUCCGGCCUGUGUAGGUAACAGAAUCAUAGCAAUAUUUACUGUACUUAUUGAGAUCUCUGUAGCUGUAGUGGUGGUUUUAAUUCUGCACAGGUUUAAUUUUUACUCUUACUUGGGUGUGGUUUAUGUAUGAACUAUAAAAUCUCAAUAUGAGGAUUGUUAUAAGACAGAACUUUACUCAGAAAGUAUUAGAUGUUUCUUUUUCUUCACUCUGUCAGAUCACAACACUGUUUUUUCAUCUGUCAAUAAUAAUUAAUAAUAAUAGGAUAGGAUCAUUUUGUGUUAUUCUGA